AUGUUAGAUGGGGUGAUCUCGCCUGGUGUGCAGUCUGGGACUGCGGUGGGCUGGCUGUGGACUCUCUUCCCCUCUUUCCUCCUGCUUGCCCCUGACUGCUGGGAGCCGAUCAAAAAAAAAAAAAAGACAAGAAGCUACAACAAGGAACAACCUACAAGCCAAAAACUAGCCAACAAGCAACUCACGAGCCAAUUAAGCCAAAAGCAAGCCCAAUUGCUGCAUAUUUUUCUGCGGGUUUGGCAUUUCUGUGCAGAGUGGCUUUUUCGGUGGUUAUUGCAAGGGGUCUGUAGUGAGUUGGUGUGGCUCCCCUCCUGCCCAGCAGAGGGAGCGCCCCUGCAGACACCCAAGUGGGCGGAGCCACCGCCGCCUGUUCCCGCCCCCCGGAAGUCAAGAGGCGGGACAGGAAGUAGAAAAGCUGGCCGCCAGAGCUCAGUCAGGGCCCAGCCGCUGCAGGGAGCAGACGUGCCACCUGGAGCUCGCGACUGGGAAACCUCCGGGACCCGAGGCAGUUGCCCGGACUGGCCGGAGCUUCCCCGCACCCGCUAUGAGGAGGAGCCGUCGGAGCCUCCCUGCGCCCGUUACUGGGAGGAGACGUUGGAGCUUCCCCGCGCCCACUACAAUGAGGAGCCGCCGGAGCCUCCCCGUCCCUGCUGUUACCCGGAGGAGCUGCCUGAGCCCGCCUGGCCGGACUUCCCCGAGGAGCUGCCAGACCUGCCACCAAGCCCCAGUCGAGAGGAACCUAUGCUGGUGGACUGGCUUGGGACGGAUACCAUGGACGAGUACCAAGAGAAAAGAAGUCACGCGUCAGUCUACUGUCCUCACACAAUGGAAAGGGAGCAAGAGCGACGAGACCACGAGCAUUGUUGUUGCGAUGCAAAAGCCGUCCAUCUAGAAAUCAUCGGGGAGCAGCAGCAGGAGGAGAAACUAGCAGACGCGGAUCUGAGCAGCCUGGACAUCCUUCUAAGCACAGAUUAA